CAUCGCAAACAAGACCAAAAUCUUAGUAAUUCAAAUUUCAUCGUGUCAAUUGAUUUGUUUCGAUAUUUGAAUGCUUUUGCGUCGGUUAAAUUUAGGACUGAUGAACUCUUGAAACUGCCGACAACUUAAAAUAGUUCAACUUUACUUGUAAGCAACACCAGGUAAACUAUUUACGGCUAUUACAAACUAAUGGUCAGAGCUGUCUGAACCCUCCUUCAAUCUUUUGUUCUCCGUACUUAAUUGCCUUUCAAAUGCAAACAAAGGAUCUGUAAACUUGUCGGCCAAUAUUUUUUGGUCACGGUUUAUUGCGGUUAGAGGGCCGCGGGAUACUUUAGGCGCAAUUCUGUGAAUUUUGUAAGAUCUCUCGAUCACGGAAUAGUUUUCAGGGUGAGAUAAAUGUCUUGACCUUUCGUAGAAUCGAAGAAAGAAAGGUGAAAUCUCAAGAUAGAAUCGAGGAUGACACAUAUUUGAGUUAUUAUUGUAUCAGUUAACACAGUUUCAACGCAGUUUUCUUAACAGAAGUUCCGCCGCGCAGACAGUCAAGGCUGACACUCGAGAGCUUAUGGAUAGAAGCAGUUCGUCUUUCAAUCCAUGUUUAAAAAAAUGACUGGCCUCUUGGCUUCACCAACAAGCCGCUCACAACCGGAGAAGGUCGCCGAAGUCUUCUUCCUCGGUAUCCUGUUUGUGGUAGCUUUCGUGGCAAACAGCACCAUAUGUUGCGCCAUGCUACAGCCCUACCGUUUAAAGACACCUUCAAAUCUGUUCCCAUUCUCGUUAGCAAUCGCCAACCUUAGUUUAGCCCUCCUGCACACUCCUUACACCAUGGCAUCGUUAAUCAUGGACCAGUGGCCAUUUGAUAUCGCAUGGUGUCAGGUAUCUGGCAUGCUGAUAAAUUUGGUAUCAAUGGCGUCCAAUUUUUCGAUAGUACUUAUUGCAAUUCAUCGUUACUAUCUUAUCGUCAAGCCUUUAUCUGACACAAUAAGUAUUCGCCAAGCAAAAAGAAUGGUGGCAUUUGUGUGGUUCACGGCAUUAGUGACCUCUGUUCCACCCUUGUUCGGUUGGAGCUCAUACAGAUACAUUCCUGGUAAAGCUUUUUGCUCAGUCGAUUGGCAAGAUGGUGGACCAGACCUGGUAUAUUCUGUAUAUCUCGUGGUGGUUAGUUUUCUUGUCCCUCUCGGGAUUCUUUUCUACAUCUAUCGUGCCAUUUAUUUGAAGACAAAGCGUCAACGAAAAAAGACGGACUACAAUACACUUCGUGGACUGAGUGAUAACGGCGUUACGUAUCAACAUUCGCAAACUCUGUGCCAGAAACUGGCAUGUUGUUUAUCAAGGGACGUUUCACAAGGCAGUAAUUCCUCUCCUUCUAUGUCGGAAAGGGGAAAUGUCUCUUCGCCGGCCACAUCGAGGUCAUUUUCUUCCGAGCCAUCUCCCUCGAGCAGAGACAACACCCUCCACAGGGAAGAGAUGAGAAGGCGAAGAGAAGUUAUAACGCAAAGUUUAACGCGCCAGAGUUCCAUUUAUGAGCAGAAAACGGUGCAGAAUGCUCUUAUUCUACUUUUAACUUUUGUCAUUAACUUAGCACCCUAUUAUAUUGUUGGUAUUUGGUCGGGUGCUUCUCAGAGCACCGCUUCCAACGGGUUAGAUUUCAUUGUGACAUUUUUGUUUGUCUGCAUGACAGCUUUCAAUCCUAUGCUGUAUGGUUUUUUUAAUCGCCAAAUGAGAAGAGUCGUUCUCAAGUCAACGAUAGGCCAGUUUCUUUGUCAGCUAAGUAGAUGCUGCGAGACCGAUUCAGACACCAGGCCCGACAGAGCCACAACUAGACGGGGACAAAAAAGCCUGGGCCCGGAUUCCGAAUGUUAAUAGGGUUGGGGAAUAGGAAAGUGUUUACUUCUAACUUAUUCUUGAUUCAGCUCAAGUCUAAAACAACGAAGAAGAGAAUUUUCGAUUAAAGAUCAGAUGAACCAUUGUAGAGAAAUCAUAGAGGAUAUAAUUUACAGAUUAUAAAUACAAGUACAUUAGAUUGAAGAUGCAAUGGAAGACAAAUAGCUAUAAAGUAGUUAUUUAUUUUCAAUCUACUAUUUAUUAAAGAACGACCAAAUGUUCUGAAAAAUGACUUGCGUGCAAUUACUUUCAGGUAAUGAGUUUUGUCCGUAAACUUCUGUAUCAACUUUGUUGAUAUAUUCAAAUUAUUUCGUUACCCCCACCGACGCAGCCCCAAACAGUUUCUUUAGAAACU